CUCAAAUUAGUGAAGAGAGGAUUUGGAAUUAAAUUAGGGUUUCACUGAAAAUAUUUGUAGGAAGAAAGUGAUGGUUUCGAUAAUUGAAGACUAGGGUUUAAUUCGAACUGAAAUUGGGUUCUUGGUGCUGGUUUUGAAUGAUUCUGCUGGUGUUGAUUGUUCGAAGUGGAGAUGGAUUGAUGGUGUUUGGCAGUGAUGGUUUCGACAAUUGAAGACUAGGGUUGAAUUCGAACUGAAAUUGGGUUCUUGGUGCUGGUUUUGAAUGAUUCUGCUGGUGUUGAUUGUUCGAAUUGGAGAUGGAUUGACAGAAUAUGAAGUUAGGGUUUGGAUUGAGAAGCUGAGCAGUAAAUGAAGAACUGGGUACUGUUGAUUUGGUGGAUACCGUUGGGAUUGAAUGGAAGAAAUUGAAGUUUUGUUGUGUGAUUCAAUGUCAGGUCAAUCGAAGAAGGAGAAGAUACUGUUAAUGUGGAUUAAGAAGAAUGUGAUGCUGCUAUUCAUUGCAGUGUGACAUGAACUGAAGUGUAGAGAUUUGCAGGUGGUGAUUUCAGCUGAGGUUAAUGGUUUGGUUUCAGCUGCAGUUGAGUGCCAGAUGGUUUGUUGGUGGUAUAUGAAUUGCGAGAAAGGUGUCACUGUUGUUGGAAAUGAGCUGAGCUGAUGGUGAUGGAUGUUGUGGUGGUCAUGUGUUGAGUUGCAAUGAAGCUGAGAAGAGAGCAUUAGGGUUGUUGUGCUCCAAGGAUUGGUGGUGCUGAUGUUUCCAAGGGUGAACUCAUAGAAGGUUUAGGUGAUGCCUGAGGUUGCAGUUGAGCUAGGAGAUGCAGGGAUUUGAGUUUGGCAGCAAGGGGAUAGUGUUGGUUGGCCUGGAGAGGAGCAGAAAAGUAGAAUUGGAGCAGUAAGGUAUUGUGUUUGGUACACAAGAAGGUGGUUGAUAUUUUUGGUGCUGUGAUUUGCUCAAAAGAAGAUGGGUUUGCAGUGCUCUUGAGGUGUUGAUGCUUCUGGCAGUCGAUUGAGCUGGUGGAUUUGAAGAUAUGGUGGUGGCAGUCCUGGUGGUUACCAAGUUACUCAAGGGAGGUGAAUUUGUGACAGUGCGUUAAGAUGUCUGGAGUUGCAGUGCAGGUGUAUGCUGAGAAUAAUUAGAACCUGAGAACAAGAUGGAAGAAGUGAAGUGCAGGCAGUUGGAGUUGCUGCUACAGAAGGUUGUGUAUGAACUGUUGCAAGUGGAUGGAGCUAAGUAGAUGCAUUACAGUGAAGGAUGAAGUUGUUAUAAAGUAUUGGUUGUGGCAGUGAUGGUUGAAACUGUUACAAGAGGAGUUGUGAUUGCAACCUGGUGGUGCUCAAGUGGAUUGAUAGUGGCUCGAGGUGAAGCUGAGUGCUUGGUGUGGUGUUGACUGCCCUGGUGGUACAAGAAGAAGCUGUCAGAGCUACGGCUGAAGCUGCGGGUGCAUAUACAGUUCGAGUUAACUGGCACUGAUGAAUGGAUUUGUGAAUGCUUGUACUGCCUGGGAAUGUGAUGAAAUUGCAGUGCAGCUGAGAAUUACAAGAUCAGCAGGUGGAAUAAGAGAUGAAGCUACAAAAUGGCAGUGAUAGCUGCAAGAUAGAAGAAAUGUUGAGCAGUAUGGGUUCAAGAAGCUACUGCAAUGAAAAGAAGGGAUUAGUGGUGUUGUUGUGAAUGAGGUGGCUUGAGCUGAUAAUGGCAGUUAUGGCUUUGAGGCAGUGAGAAUGAGCUCGGGUUGGAAAGAAUGUGUGCAGUGUUAUGAAAUGGAGGUGUUGAACAGAAAAUGCAGUGGCUGCAAGAAUGAAGCUGCUACUGUUGGCUUACAAAGAAUUGCUAGUGCUGAUAUUGAAAUGCUGGUAGACAGAUCUACGACUGUGGUGUCGUGAUGCUAUAGAUAAGAUCCUUUUAUGCAUCAAACGUCUACAUGUUUUCAUGACUUUCCCUUCAUUAUAUUUGUCUUUCUUGUAGAUUGUCUUAUUGUGGCCAUAUAAUGCGAUUGUCUCUUCUAUUCUUGUUGCUUGAAUUUUCUUGUUAUUUUCUCUGAAGGUUGCUCUAGUAAACCUGGCUAAAGUAAAUGAAGGUCUCAUUGUUCCUGGCUAUACUCAUCUACAGAGAUCCCAACCUGUGUUACUGCAGCAUCUUCUCUUGUCAUACGUUGUGCAGAGUUGUAGGAGACCUUGUCACCCUUCUUGUACUUUGCAAGGGACUUCCACAAGCUUACAACCGUGAUCUACAGGAAGACAAGGAGCCUCUGUUCGACAGUGUUAAAACAAUAAUAGGAAUGCUUGAAGUGUCUACAAAGUUUGCGCAAAAUAUCACCUUUAACCGCGAAAGAAUUCAAAGGGCUUUACCAGCUGGGCAUCUUGAUGCUACCACAGUUGCAGAUUAUCUAGUAAACAAGGCAUGUUGUUCCAAAUUCAGUGAUACAAAGGACUGAGUUAAAUCAAUGAUAUAACAUUAAAUCAGUGACACAAAGGACUUUUAGGUCUUUUUAGUUACACCUAACGGUGCUAACUUUCCAUCCAUCACUUUUGGUCAAAACUUGCCUAGUCUAGCAAUAAAUAAAAAAAGUGACCUAGAAAUGAAAAGCACCUAA